GUAAACAAAAGAUGGAGUCUCGGCCGCAGGAUGGAGGCGGAGAGCAUUAAGGUUUCUGGCCUCUUAAGGGACCGGAAUGUGCUGCUUUUAUGCGUCUUCGUGACUUUUCUGAGCAUCGUCGUGUCCGCUCUAGUCAGUCUUCUUGUAGGAGCCCUGCUGAUCCUGUCCUUCAUCAGUGGGUUAAUUCUACCUGUCGUCAUAUUCAGUGAUGGGAAGCAAGUCCCAAACCUCUUGGCCAUUUUUACUGGUCCAGAGAACUCAGGUGCAAAGGGAGAAAUUCCGAGGUCGUGCUCCGUGUGCGGAGGGGAGCGCUGUCAGAGGCAGCACCCAGUCACUGCUGUGCAGGUCUCGGCUCAUGCACAUGUCAACUUCGCUGUUCCACAGAGCAUAGACGAGGCCUUGGAGGAGUUGCUGAACUUAACGCUAGACCACCAUGUGUACAGCUGGUACAGAGAAAUUUCCAUUCACGACCAGCUCGCAGAUGAGAUUCGCUAUAUCAUCAGAUAUGCUGUUGCUUCCUUGGCCAGCAGACUCUCCAAGAUUGACUUGACAAUCAUCAUCAUUGAUAAGCUUCUGCCGACCCUAAUCAACCACCUGGAUAGCUAUGUCGAAGGGGGUCGGCGCGUGCGGGGGAACACAUCCCAGGAGGCGGCUGUCAUCCAGUACCUGAGGGCUGGGGGGGGGCUGCACCGAGCGGUUAAAUCAAGGGAGGAUGAGGCAGCGUACCUCAGGGGGGUCAUUGGCACGGUCAUCCCCUACUUGCUGCCCACCAAGUACCAGGCUAGCAGCCUGGCCCGAGCCUUCCUGGAGGAACUCUUAGGGCGGGUGCUGCUCCUGCAAGCGAUGGACCUCCUGGCCAGCCCAGACACCCUCAACCUCCUGUUCCUGCUGCUGCUGAGCCGGGACUCCUCGCCCUGGCUGCCCCACAAGCCCGAGCCAGAGGUCCUGCUGCUCAAGAACUUUGCUUCAGUCAAUACUCACCCCCGCAACUCUGUCUUGAGGAGCAACUUGUCUUCUGUGCUGAAGGAUCAAAAUCUUCUUUAUUUAUUCCACACUUUCCUGAAGGAGGAAGGAGCUAUUAACAUUCUGCAGUUCUGUCUAGCUGUCGAGGAUUUCAACCGCCACAUCCUGGACCCUGACUUAACGCCAGAGCAGCUCGAACAGUUCCAUCAUGAGGCUUUGGAACUGUACCACACUUACAUGGUGUCCUCGGCCGUUGACAGGAUCAACUUCCCAUCUCAUAUAGUUUCACAUAUAAGAGAAAUUGUUCACGGAGAAGUGGGAGAUAUAGUGAAGCUACGUACAACUCGACCACUCUUCCAGGCGUAUGAGCAUGCUUAUAAUCUCUUAGAGAGAGAAUAUCUGCCUCUGUUCAUGCAUAGUCAUGCGUAUUUUGCUCACCUUUGUGGGACAAGAAGCUCACAAGGUUACCAAAAAAAUGCAACAAACUCUCCAGGGAAAAGCAGGGAGUUGGAUCAGCUCCCUAGGAAGAAUGUAGGUAAAGUAGUGGUGAAGAAGGUGGGUAGUGGCCUCAAGCACAUUGGCAAACAGAUGGUUCUCAAACCCUCCGUGGUCAUCGGCGACGAGGACGACCACACGCUCUAUGAUAUUGAAGAAGCAGAUGAUAUAUCUUUGCUCAUGGUUAGUAAAAAGGCCGAUGAGGGAGGUGUAUCACAGUCGUGCAGUGGGCUAGAGGGGCUGACUUCUAGCUUCCGUGACCUCAGUGCCUGGAGGGUCAGCAUCCCACGGGUUGAGCAGCGCCUGGACCACAACAACAAGCCCUAUUAUGCAUUCAUUGUGGAUGUUACCAGGAUUGAUGUAACUGGAGCUGAGAGACCGGAGGAGGUGCACUGGGAGGUGGAGAGGCGGUACCACGAGUUCUACAUCCUGGAGACCAAGCUGACCGAAUUCCACGGGGAGUUCCAGGACAACCAGCUGCCCCCACGGCGGUCCCUCUUCACGUCAAAGGAUAUCGGGUUCAUGAAAACUCGCAGACAGACCUUCGAAGAGUUCCUGCAGAAGCUCUUACAGAAGCCGGCACUGAAGGGCUCACAGCUGCUGUUCCUCUUCCUGAAGACAAAAGACGAGUUUACCAACACCUAUUUGCCCGACGUCUCCAUCGGCCGCUUCAUCAGGGAUGUUCCUCGCAAGCUGAUGAAGGAGCGCGGACAGCACUUGGACGCCUUUAUCAAUGUCUUCUUGUCCUCGACCGUCACGCAGAAUAAGACCAAAGCCAAAAAUGAAAUCGAGGAAGGGUCGCUGGCCAGGGAGCAGCCUGAAGACCUCCAAGCAAAGAGCAGCCUCACCACCACCCUCUUUGGAGACAACGCCAAGAGCCUCCCGAUGCCUUCACACGAGCCUCCUCCGCCUCCACCCACCACCAUGACAGUGAAUGGAGUUUUCGACACGGUCCUCUACAUAGCUGUGCGUGUAUAUGGACUGUCUAUUAACGCCCUAAGAUGGCUGAUGUGUGUUCGUGUGUUGGCUGGAAACACAUUAGAUGCAGCUGUCAGUUGGUUUCUCAGGAGGAAGCUGUCUCUCGCACUGGCGCCCCCUAGGAUAGUAAAGCUCAUCCACCUAAUUAGAGAUGCUUUGUUUGUAGACCCCCCCAUUGAAAGGACGGAACAAGACCGUAGGCUGAGGGAGAAGGAGCUACGUCAGGAAGUGAUUGCUUUACUGCCGCAGUGGGUGCAGAACAGACUUUUCACGCAGGAUUUGUACACUGAAGGAGCCAAUACUCUAGUCACCCUCUUUCAACAACCCAUACUCAAUAAACAGUUAUCCUAUGUCCUUCUGGAUGCAGUAUUAGAUCAAUUAUUCCCAGAGCUGGACUUUGAUCCAGAACUGUCUCCGUUCCUCACCAGCUGAAGACUGGUCUUUAAGUUACUCUUUAUUUAUCUUUACAAUUGUAAAUAUUUUUUUCACUACACAAUGUAGCAAAGAAAUGUCUGAUGAUACCAGCAUAAACCAUGGGUCAUCAUGGUGCACAGUAGCAAAAAUAUAUAUACAUAUAUAUAUAUAUAUAAAUAUUACUCCUUUUAGAUGAUGAAGAACUCUCAGUUUUGGGUUCCAGACCAGGCACAAAGACCAGGGUUUUGGUAGCUAAUUACCUUGAACAUCUGGGUUCAUCUCUUGGUAUAUUUUAAAAAGACACUGGCUGUGGCUAGCAAUAUUCAUCUUUCCCAGAUAUUGGUGAACUCACUGGAACUGCAGCACUGUAAACAUUUGGACAUACGCGUGUGUGUAUGAGGUUGUAUGUCUGUCUAACUCUAUGUUUGUAGGUGUCAAGAAAAGAAAAGGUUCAGAUUUCCUUGACUUGAUACUAAAUUUCCAGAUCUUUUUUUCCAUUCGCUGAAGUGGUCUAUGGACAUUUAUACCUUUAAAUGACUUAAUAUCAGGGACCAUAAUUGGAUAAUUAAGGUUGUGGCAACUUCAGUGGAAUUAUCUGCCUUCAUCUGUUAAAGUAAAUGGCAUGUGUGUGAGAUACAGAAUCAAAUUUUGAGGUUUAUUCUUGAUUUAAUUUUCUUCUCUGUUCCUUUUUUGAAAUCCCGACUGCUCUGGAUAAUUGACACAUCUCCCAUAUUGUUAAUCACUUUGGUUAAAAAUUGACAAUUAUGUUAUCCAUUUACUAUAGUAGCACAUUUUUAUGAUUUACAUGUAUGUAGGGAUAAAUUGGCUGCCUUCCCUUAUGAUUCUUGCCACAUAAGUGCAAACAUUGUAGCCUUUAUUUUUAAUCUGAGAAGGUAAAAUCAGCCGAGACCUGUUUUCCUCGCAUGAAUUGUUAAGCUUAUUUAAUUUUACAAACUAUUUUAGAUGUCAUAUAUGCAGUAAGUUGAAAUUGGUGUCCAUGGUUCUUGAUUGCUCAUUGAAGUGGCCUUGCAUUUGGUAAGUUUGUUUCAAUAUACAACCUUUAGUUACACUCCUCAUUGCAUUGCUUAAGAAAAGGGAUUUAAUACGUAACAGUUUUUUGGACUAAGUUAUUGGUAGUUAUCGAGGAAGAGUGGAUUGAUGGUUAAAGAAGGAUUUCAAUAAAUCUGCAUUUGCCAUUCAUAUCAAGAAGAAAAUACGAGAAGGCCUUGUGAUUGAUACAUAUAAACUGGUAUAUUUUCGUUUAAUUAUACUUUACCGUGGUAUUUGUAUGAGCUUACUCAUGUAUGUGACAUGGUGAAAUAGGUGACAAUGGGUAAUAAAUCUUAGAAUAUAUUUGACUUUGAGUGAAACAAUGCUGUCAAACCACAAUUUCGCUUAACAGUUUUAUUUUUAUAGGUAUAAAAGAUGAGAUUCCUUACUUCCAAUGCUUAUUUUUGAAAUGCGAAAUAUAUUGAUUACAUGGUUAGUUUAUGAGUAAGAAAAGUGUGACUAUGAAGACCAUUGUACAAGGUGAAUAUGGUGGUUUUAUGCUGCUUAAUUUUCAGGAAAUGAAUAAUGGUGAACUUUUUUGUUUUCAUUAUAUGGUUGUGCCAGUAAUUGUGAAUUUGUAAAAAUAAUAAUAGAUGUAUUGUAAGUAAUUAUUAUAACAGUAACACAAGAGUAUAAAAAAUUAUAUAUACUAUUUAGCUGUAUUAUCAUUCCAUUAGUCAGUGACAUCAUGGAGGUGCCAUGUUAUUUUUCAUUGAUUUUACCAAAGAAGAGUAAUAUAAAUCUUAUAGUUUUUUUCUGUGAUAACAGCAGGUUACAGUAUGUAUUGUAACAACAUAUCAAUAAAGACAUUACAAAUG